AUGUCCGAUCGAGAGUUCAGCUCAAACGACGACCUGUCGCUUCCCAAAGCGACGGUUCAAAAGAUCAUCACCGAGAUCCUACCCCCAUCAUCUGGGCAAACCUUCGCCAAGGAUGCGCGCGACCUGCUGAUGGAAUGCUGCGUUGAGUUCAUCACUCUGAUCUCCUCCGAGGCCAACGACAUCAGCGAGAAGGAGGCGAAGAAGACGAUUGCCUGCGAGCACGUGGAGAAAGCAUUGCGAGAUCUGGGGUUUGGGGAUUAUAUUCCCAGCGUGCUUGCUAUCGCGGAGGAGCACCGCGAGCAGCUCAAGUCCCGCGAAAAGAAGCAGAGCAAGAUGGAGCAAAGCGGACUGUCUGAGGAGGAACUGAUGCGGCAGCAGCAGGAAUUGUUCCGGUCGGCGACGGAGAAGUACAACGCGGGGCCUGAAUAA